AUGUCCAACCCCCAGAAGCACAAGAUCCAGCGCCAGUCCGAUGCCCGCCGGUCCGCUCAGCUCCAAGAUGGCGGCGUCACGCCCCAUAUUUUCCGGGCAGGCCUCAGGUCCGAUGCAAACCGCCGAUCCGUCGCGCUGCCCCAAGCCCCCGCCCGCGCCGACGUUAAGCCCGAGGAUGGCAAGCCUGGUUCCGAGGCAGCUAGCAUCAAGAAGGAUGGACCAGCCCCCAGCCCCAUAGACUUGACCGAGCAGGAUGUCGAUGUAAUCCUCGACAAUAAGAGCCACGAGGACAACGAGACGCGUCUACGUGUGUUUGAGCCUGGCAUGUGGCUUAAUGACGACGCCAUCGACGUGAUCAUCCGGGAAUUUUCCGCAAGGGACAUACGCUUCGGGCGCGUCAGUUCUACAGAAAGCACCAUCCUCCAGCGGUCUCAGUCCGAGCGGAUCCCAGCUGCGCUCCGGAAGCGGUUUAGGUCCUUAGCAGUGACCGAUCUUUGGCUUAUGCCUGUGUGUGACUCGGGCCACUGGGUGCUGUUUGUGGGCCAUGGCAUGGACACAAUCGACUACUUCGACUCCCUCCUUGUCAACGGCUACAAGACUCGAAUGGUGGCUGUUGUAAACGACUUUCUCCGGUGCGUAUGGGGCACCGACGUGGCGCUCCCCGAGCCGCGGACGGUCAUGUGCCACCAGCAGCCCAACGGUUUCGACUGCGGGUUGCACGUCCUGCGCAACGCCGACAUCGUCACUCGCCAUCCAGGCAGCCAUCACAUUAUCCCCCUCCUACCUGACGAACUGCGCGCAUACUACAAGGAUGUCUACCAGAGGUUAUUGUGA